AUGGCGGCAGGUCUGAACCUCCAGCUUAAGCGGUUAGACACAGGUGGCCUUUUUCUUAACUUGAGUAACCAGGGUCUGACGUCCAUCCCGGAGGAGGUGUUUGAUCUCACUGACCUGGAGAGUCUAGAUGUGUCCAACAACAAACUCACCAGCAUCCCGGAAGCGAUCGGCCGUCUGCAGAAACUUGAACGUUUGGACGCUGACGGCAACAAGCUGACAAGUUUGCCACAGGCGAUCGGUUCCUUGCAGAAAUUGACAUACCUGUAUGUUUAUAAUAAUCAGCUAACAGAGGUUCCACCAGGGGUUUGUUCUCUGUCCAACCUUGAGGUGUUGAAUGUCAGUGACAACAAACUUUCCACCUUACCUCCUGGUGUGGAAAAGCUGCAGAAAUUAAAAAGAUUGCUCAUUCAUGAUAAUCAUCUGACAGAGGUUCCACCAGAGGUUUGUUCUCUGUCCAACCUUGAGGUGUUAGAUGUCAGUAACAACAAACUUUCCACCUUACCUCCUGGUGUGGAAAAGCUACAGAAGUUGAGAGAACUGUACAUUAAUGGUAAUCAGCUGACAGAAAUUCCACCAGUGGUUUGCUCUCUGUCCAACCUUGAGAAACUUUACCGCUUGGGUACUUCCGGCAACAAGCUGACAAGUUUGCCUCAGGCGAUCGGGUCCUUGCAGGAAUUGACAAUGUUGCUGAUUGAUGAUAAUCAGCUGACAGAGGUUCCACCAGGGGUUUGUUCUCUGUCCAACCUUGAAGUGUUGAGUGUCGGUAACAACAAACUUUCCACCUUACCUCCUGGUGUGGAAAAGCUGCAGAAAUUGAUAAAACUGGUCAUUUAUGGUAAUCAGCUGACAGAGGUUCCACCAGAGGUUUGUUCUCUGUUCAACCUUGAAGUGUUGAGUGUCUUUAACAACAAACUCUCCACCUUACCUACCGGUGUGGAAAAGCUGCAGAAAUUGAGAGAACUGUACAUUCAUGGUAAUCAGCUGACAGAGGUUCCACCAGGGGUUUGUUCUCUGUCCAACCUUGAGGUGUUGAAUGUCGGUAACAACAAACUUUCCACCUUACCUCCUGGUGUGGAAAAGCUGCAGAAAUUAAAAAGAUUGCUCAUUCAUGAUAAUCAGCUGACAGAGGUUCCACCAGAGGUUUGUUCUCUGUCCAACCUUGAAGUGUUGAGUGUCAGUAACAACAAACUUUCCAUCUUACCUCCCGGUGUGGAAAAGCUGCAGAAAUUGACAAUGUUGCUGAUUUAUGAUAAUCAGCUGACAGAGGUUCCACCAGGGGUUUGUUCUCUGUCCAACCUUGAGGUGUUGAAUAUCGGUAACAACAAACUUUCCACCUUACCUCCCGGUGUGGAAAAGCUGCAGAAAUUGAGAGAACUGUACAUUCAUGGUAAUCAGCUGACAGAGGUUCCACCAGGGGUUUGUUCUCUGUCCAACCUUGAGGUGUUGGAUAUCGGUCCAAACCCCAUCGGAUGUCUCCCCGAUGACGUCAGACGACUCACCAGGCUGAAGACUCUGGACGUUGUACGCUGUCAGUUUGAAGAGUUCCCCAGACAGGUGCUGCAGCUGAAGACACUGGAGAAACUGUAUGCUGGAGGCUGCAAGCUCGACACUGUCCCAGAUGAAGUGGGAACCUUACAGCACCUAUGGUACUUGUCAUUGGACCAUAACCUCCUCAGAACCCUGCCGAGCACCAUGAGUCACCUGCACAACCUACGGGAGGUCUACCUGUAUGGCAACAAGUUCGACACAUUCCCAGAAGUCCUGUGUGAACUGCCUGCCAUGAAGAAACUGCACAUAAGUAAGAACAACAUCACCAUGCUCCCAACCGCCCUUCACCGAGCAGACAAGCUGAGGGACUUGGAUGUUUCUGGAAACCCCCUGACAUACCCUCCACAGGAUGUGUGUGAACAAGGGACUGGUGCCAUCAUGACGUUCAUGAAGCAGCAGGCUGAAAAAGAUGAGAAAAUUCUUCAGGCUUUUAACCGUCUGUCCGUGAAGGUGACGCAAACCCAGUGGAAACCGCUCGCCCGGAGCCUAGGGCUCAGCAGCUCGGAGAUAGAGUCCAUCAUCAAGGCUUCCGCCCCAGACGACGUUCCUGAGCAGGUGUACCAGACCCUGGUGAAGUGGAAAGAGAAGGAAGGUGAGGCGACCACACUUCCCGCCCUGCAGCAGCACCUGAGAGAUCUGGACUUUCACCAGCUGGCAGAGCUGCUGCCACAGACACCCGGGGAGGAAAGACCGAAGCACCCAUCUGAGACCGACAACAGUAACAAAGUAUCUGGAAGCCAUCCUGUCGUGUUGAUGCUUAAUGACGAGUAUGGUACUGCAAAGGGGGGCAUAUCCACCAUCCACCGCCAGAUGGGGCGCUGCCUGGUUUCCAAAGGAGCAAAGGUCUACAGUACAGUCCUGGAUGCCACACCACAGGACAAGGAAGAUGCGAAGAAUGAUGGGGUGAACCUGAUCUUCCCAACAAGGCAGGAGGGAGACCCGACCCCGUCUGGCCUUAACUGGCUAACCUGGGAGCACUGGGGGCGUUACCCAAACCUGCCUGCAGAUGUGGACUUCAUCGUCGGCCAUGUCCACAUCACAAGCCGUGCAGCAAGGGAGAUCAAGAAGGGCCGCCUUCCUAAUGCCAAAGUCGUCCAGGUCACUCACGUAAUCCCAGAAAACGUCAUACAAUACAAGGAAGGAAGAGAGUUGAGCAUAGAAGAGGUGAUGAAAAGCAUUCUGGAAGACCUGGAGGAUGCUGAUGUGAUCGUCUCCGUGGGCCCACGCUUGUACGACUACUACAAAAGCGAGACAAGAGACGAAGAACGUAAUAAAGAGUUUUUGCCUGAGCCGUCCGACAUCUUCAUGAACACGCCCGUGAAAUACGUCGACACGGAUACGAAAGUGGUGCUGUCUAUCGGCAGGGUCAAAGGCGUGGAGAGGCUGAAAGGCUACGAUCUGGCUGGGAAGACCAUGGUCAAGGUGAUUGAACGGCUGCCCGACACAAUUUGGCGAGUCUGUGGCAUCAGUCCGGACGAUUUCCCAGAAAGCAAGGCACUCAUCGAAGCCAACAUGAAGAGGGGUAAAAUCCACUUCACUCCCCUGAAGUACUGCACACAGAAAGAGCUGUGCAAAGAGAUGAGCAGAGCCCAUGUCGUCCUGAUGCUGUCACGUGCAGAGCCAUUCGGACUGGUUGGUCUGGAGGCCAUUGCUGCAGGGGUGCCAGUCCUGGUCUCCCACAAGUCUGGUCUGGCCAAGUUCUUGCAAGAAAAUCCCGACUUCGAACGUCCGAUUGUAAGGAUCGAAGAUGAUGAUGAUGAUGAAGCUGCACAAGCACUGGCUAACCGCAUCAUCAAUGUACUGACGAAUGGAAAAAGGGAGUUCGACGCUGCAAAAAUGUUGAAGGAAAGGCUUUUGGCAUCCAGGUACUGGGAUGAAUCACACAGCGAGUUCGCCAAAAUAUUUGGCCUCAACUGAAUUUGAAUGUAAAGUUGUUUGUUCACAACCACAGUCUUCAAUUUUACAGGAAAUGGGAAUGACAAAGAAAUAGAAUCAAUGUAGAGUUUGACCAUCCAAUCAUGUAGAUCAAAAGCAACGAUGAAGCCGUCAAAAUGUUGGCUUACUU